UUCCUACCUACUCCCAAAUAAUGGGAGUGUUCAUACUGGCACACCAUUUGGACACCUUUUAUAAAAACCCUAACCUGCACUUACUCGACUGAAUCUAGUAUUGUGUUUUUAUAACCAUCAGAUUUGCUUUACGAUUACCUACAAUCCACUCGUUAUACUCGUAUUCAUCCUGCACCAUCGCAUAGGAUAACGGAAAUGCCACGCCGUUCCGACUUUCUGGAAUCUACAGAAGAAUUCGAACGAUUCGUUCUAGAGUUGUCUCCGCCGCACUGAGCGUCCAAAACUCACCUCAGAGCUAAAGAUAGAGAAAUCAAGGAGAAAUCAAUAGAGAGAGAGAGAGAGAGAGAGAAGUCUGUCUUUAUGGCUUGGCUCCGAGCCCUAGGUCGCUUUUCUCGGCCCUCAAACAAAUUGCCAUUCUACCACCCGCCAGUCUUCUUCUCCACCUCCGCCGCCGCCGCCGCGGCUCCGCCAUCUUCGGUUGUCACCGGAGAAUUUGCCGGCCUGGGCCCGACGAUUCCGGGGAAGGAGAAGCCGCGAGUGGUGGUGCUGGGAUCUGGGUGGGCGGGAUGUCGUUUGAUGAAGAGUAUUGACACGAAUAUUUAUGAUGUCGUCUGUGUAUCACCGAGGAAUCACAUGGUAUUCACCCCGCUGCUUGCGUCUACCUGCGUCGGAACCCUAGAGUUUCGAUCCGUUGCGGAGCCCAUUGGUCGGAUCCAGCCUGCAAUAUCCCGUGCCCCCGGAUCGUAUUUUUUUCUCGCGCGAUGCGCGGCGGUGGACCCUGAAUCGCACACGGUGCAAUGUGAGACUGUUACAGAUAGCACCAACUCUGCUCCUUUGGAGCCAUGGAAGUUUCAGGUGUCAUAUGACAAGCUGGUCAUUGCUUUGGGUGCAGAAGCUUCAACCUUUGGCAUUCAUGGUGUGAAGGAACAUGCAAUUUUUCUUCGUGAAGUGCACCAUGCGCAGGAGAUCCGCAGAAAGCUGCUAUUAAAUCUGAUGCUGUCUGAUGUUCCUGGUAUAUCGGACGAGGAAAAGCGCAGGCUGUUACAUUGUGUUGUUAUUGGAGGUGGUCCUACCGGAGUUGAGUUUAGUGGUGAACUAAGUGAUUUCAUAAUUAGUGAUGUUCAUGAAAGAUACACCCAUGUCAAAGAUUACAUUCACGUGACCCUAAUUGAGGCAAAUGAGAUAUUGUCAUCUUUUGAUGUUCGCUUGAGACAGUAUGCCAUGAAGCAAUUAACCAAGUCUGGGGUUCACCUGAUUCGAGGAAUUGUCAAAGAUGUUCAGCCUGAAAACAUAAUUCUUAAUGAUGGAACUAAAGUUCCAUAUGGCCUUCUGGUGUGGUCAACUGGUGUAGGUCCCUCUUCGUUUACAAAGUCUUUAGACUUGCCAAAGUCACCGGGUGGCAGGAUUGGUGUAGAUGAAUGGCUUCGUGUUCCAUCGAUACAAGACGUGUUUGCCAUUGGUGACUGUAGCGGAUUUCUUCAAAGUACUCAGAAGAGUGUGUUACCAGCUUUAGCACAGGUAGCAGAGAGGCAAGGGAAAUACCUAGCGAGCCUGAUAAACCGAAUCGGUAAAUCAGGCGGCGGCUAUGCAAACCAAGCCAAAAAUAUAGAUUUUGGAGAUCAGUUUGUAUACAGACACCUCGGAAGCAUGGCAUCAGUUGGGAGGUAUAAAGCUUUGGUGGACCUUAGGCAAAGCAAGGAGGCCAAGGGAUUGUCGCUUGCUGGUUUUGUGAGCUGGUUCAUCUGGAGGUCUGCAUACCUAACGCGCGUUGUGAGUUGGAGAAACAGGUUCUAUGUGGCCAUAAACUGGCUAACUACCUUAAUAUUUGGUCGUGAUAUAAGUCGCAUCUAGAAGCAUCAAAAAGGUAAGGUUAUUUCCUGGUGAUUCUAUAUUAAUUAUUUAUUCUUUCACUGUUGAAAUAAAAUAUAAUAUGUAUGAGUUGUGAUGGAAAUCUACUGAUGAAGGAAUUGUUAUGCAGCAUAAUAAAACCUAAUUUAUUUGAAAUUU